AUGGGAAACGACCUCUCCAUCAUACUUCGGACUUGCGUUCCGGCGCCUGAAGUCCUUCGGGAGGCGCAGCAGCGGAAGGAGCAGCAACAGAAGGAUCACCCUCGGUUUGCCAUGGAAGAGGGAUGCGAACUACCGAUGAUGUAUACUGAACUGCGGCUCAUCGAGAAGAAUGAAUAUGACAUGCAUUUGGACAAUUUGGAGGUGACAUCAACGCGGCUCCUAGUGGCGGAGUGCACUCCAGAAGCCCUCGACUCACUUGACUUCUGCGAUGCGGCGGCCUUCCCAUUUCUACGAGAGGCGCUGCGGUGUAGGCGGUGUGCAGGGCGGAUCGGGCUGGCUGUGGAUCCCACAGCAUGCAUCGGACAGCGCCUCUAUGGCUCAGAACAACGACACGCCUUUACACAGGGUAUCUCUAUCCUUCUCUCAAAACUCAUUCUAUAUUUGAAGAACACUCCCAACGAUCACGAUGGCGAUGAUAAAGAGGACGCGAUUGCCAAUGGUGGUGCUCAGGUGGCAGAUGACCUCGUUGAAACACAGCCAAACUCACCGAGCAGAGCCGUUUCCUAUUUCUGGCAGGAACUCUUCCUUAUCGACCUACAACAUUGUCUGUUGGAUGACGUGAGUGGGCCAUGGAUUGUGCGCGACAUCGCGGACCGAAUGGGACGCGUGCAGCACUAUCACUCGGCUGUCUCACUACUAUGCGGGAAGCAGGCGCCAUUGUCAAUGAGGUCGCAAAGCCUUGGCGAGUCACUGUCGCCAAUGGAUGUGUCCAUCAUCAGCCGCAUGCAAAUUUCCUACACGCACACCGAUGGUGGCGGCGCUGACGUGUCUCUUCAUACAGCAGACCCUACACAACUGACAUUCUGGCGAUCGCUUCGUCACGUAAUCCUCGCACACAACAACAUGUCACGAGUGGGAAUGCGCAAAUGCCUGCUAGAGCUCAUUGAGAGCAACAUGGAGGAAAGGGGGGGACCACUCGUCAGAUCCCUUCAGAUGGUUGACGUCAGGCAGAAUGAAGAGUCCCCCGCGGCGCAGCGCUUUGUCGCUGAGAUAUCAUCGUUAACCUCUGUGCAGAUAAUGAUGGGAACGAGCGGGAAGCGUUGGCGGCACCGGCCAAUGUGUGCGGCUAACGGAAGCGAAAGCCCAUAUACAGUGUGCUCCUUUAUGACGGCAUACAGCCCUUCUGAAUCUACGCCGGGCAGAGAGCUUUUUUCUGCCAGCACACGCGAAACAGCCCAAAGGGAAGAGAAAGAGGAGGGAGCGACAAUGCAAAGACACAAGAUUCCUUUAACCCUAAUGGCAAGGCGGCAAAGGCCUCCAGCGACAGGCGUAAGCAGUGAAGCUGGAAUGAAACCAUACGUGGGCGCUGGGCGUGACGAGGCGCUCCUCCUCCAUUGGAGUAGUCAUAAUGAAGAGAAGGGAGAGAUGACGGCUGCAACGGCGACUUUUCCUGCUACAGCGCAUGGACUCCACAAUAUGGGGUUAAGAGAUUCGAUCAGGGAACAAGAAGGGGGGAACUGGUCGCAAGGUAAGGGAGCAGCUGACGCGGAAGAGACGGAUGCCAAUCGCGAGAGUGCAUUCCGACUUGACGGAGCGGAGGCCACACCGGAUCCGUUGGCCACGACACGAGAGGGAGUUGAGGUGCUUUCCUCCCCAGGAAGGCAGCCUGCUUACGCCCAGGCAAUGUCACAACCCCGGCUCAGUGCUCCGCAAGGUGGACCUACUGUUUCAAGUGGUCCUGAAAGGUUACUUCCCGCUGACAGCACUGCCGCUGCAUUUCCGCCUGAAAUUGAGCGCGGGCCGAUGACUACAUCCUCUGCCAUUACUUCGACCGUUGUGAAGAGGGAUGGAGGCGCCGCAACGGAAGUUGAACCACCAGCAGCAGAAGUAACCGCAAUACAGUCCCCCUUGGUUCGGAAAAGGGCAUCUUCUGCCCGUCCCCGUCUUGUGGGCUCGACUGAGGGGAGUGAAAAGAAGAAGCGCCCGGGGAAGCGUUCCACUCGUCCGAGUCACGGUGCGGGGGAACCAGGAGGCAAAGCCUCCGGCACUCAUGUAGAAAAGAGUGCCGGUAUUCAUUCAAAGUCCCCAGUCAGAUCAUCCGCCGCUGCCAAAGGAGAUGGCAAGCAACCUAACGCAUCAGCGGGACCGUCGCAUGGGGGAGAACUGCAUCCGAAGCUUCAGAGGCACUCACGUUCUAAACAACAAGCCCUUUAA